AUGGAGUUGCAGCGGUGCUUUACGAGCGAUUGGUCUUCAGACCCGCGCCAUAACUAUGGCGUCACACUCCACGCCUCGUCUUAUAUGCCACUCCUAGAGAUACUGGGUAUGGAUGAAAGCGCUUUCAGGCGUCGAAUAGCCGUGAACGGAUCACUAGGAGGGAAUGGAAAUAUUGAGUCCAAGUCCAUGGUAAAUCCUGGGCAAGUAGUUUCUACCUCGUUUCGCGCUAAUCGCGAAAAAUUUGAGAACUUGCUUCGCGAGGGCCUGGAUGUCCGAUGGGGGUACUCCCUGGAAAGAGCGGAACAAACUUCGUCGGGGACGGCCUUGUACUUUCAAAAUGAGGAACAGCUUGAGAGUUUAUGCGUCGUUGGAGCCGAUGGACCGCACUCGAAUACUCGGAAAUCCCUCUCUCCGAACACGCCAUUUGGUAUUCUCCCAUAUGUCGCUUUCAAUGGCAAACGAAAAGUAAAGCGUGCUCUAUUCGACAACAUCUACGCCCCAGCAUUCAAUGAUUCAAAUGUUCUAGAGAUGAAAUUAGACGACCUUAUAUUGAAUAUAUUCAUCAAUGAGCAACAGGCUAUUAUAGUGAGCGUGAGCUGGAUCUUCUCGCGCCCGGCUAGAGGCUCUACGGAUCCUCUUCACAAACCCAAUCGCCCAGUGUCAGGAGCAACAUAUAUUCCAGACGAAUUUUUCGACGAAGUAGAAACUCUGAGUGGAUUAAGCCAGCCAUUUAAAGAGGUUUUUGACGCGGAAAAGCUGAGGAUGGAGCGUGUUUUGCAUUGGCUUAUGCGUUCAGUGCUUGUCAAACAGCAGGAACUUUACACCCUCGCCAAGAAGGGCGUCUUUUUCAUGGGCGAUUCUGUGCAUGCAGAGCCAAUACUGGGAGGAGAGGGCGCAAACAAUGCCAUCACGGAUGGUAUCGAGCUUGCAAAAUGCAUCUCUGCUUGUGGCCCAAGUGGCAUCCUAUCGUGGUACGAGGCUAGGUAUCGUGUGUGGGAGAGAGGUAUUCGCAAUAGCGAAAAGGCCAUCAUUGCGAUGCAUAAUAGUCAGAAGGCUGCUCUAUGA